AUUAUAAUUUGUUAUUAAUCUUGAAAAUUGUGCUUAAUAUAAAAUCCUGGUGGACCAGUAAUGGGGGACGCAGCGAUGAGCGUCGCAGCGUCCAACACUAGUCAAAGUGUUGUUCGUAUCGUCAAGGAAGGAUGGGUUCAGAAACGGGGUGAACAUAUCAAAAAUUGGAGACCUCGAUAUUUUGUCUUAAGAGACGAUGGCACCCUGGUUGGAUUUAAGGCAAAACCCGAUCGUCAAAUGGCAGCAGCAGCUGAACCUCAAAAUAGUUUUACUGUUCGAGGUUGUCAAAUAAUGUCAAUGGAUAAGCCUAAGCCUUAUACAUUUGUAAUCAGAGGAUUACAAUGGACGACAGUUAUUGAGAGGACAUUUCACGUUUACACAGAACAAGAUCGAGAAGACUGGGUAGCGGCUAUUAGAUAUGUCGCUGAUAGAAUAGAAAAUGUGGAACAAGAACAACAGCAACAACAACAAAUACAAACACAAAUGCAACAAUCCUCGUCGUCAGAGGACGUGGAUAUGGAACCAACUGGAAGUACACGUUCAAAUUCAUGUGGUUCACUUGGAGUUUUUCAAGCCGAUUUUGAUGUUGGCAGUAUUGAUGAAUUAUCAGCUAAAUUCAGUGUUCAAGGAACUUCAAAUAGUAAAACUUCUGGCAAAAAGAAAGUCACAUUGGAGAAUUUUGAAUUCUUGAAAGUUCUUGGUAAGGGAACAUUUGGAAAAGUGAUUUUGUGCAGAGAAAAAGCAACUGGACAUCUUUAUGCGAUAAAAAUUUUGAGGAAAGAAGUUAUUAUUCGAAAGGAUGAAGUAGCGCACACACUCACUGAAAAUAGAGUUUUACGAACCACAAAUCAUCCAUUUUUAAUUUCUUUAAAAUACAGCUUUCAAACAGCAGAUCGCUUAUGUUUUGUAAUGGAAUACGUGAACGGAGGAGAACUUUUCUUCCAUUUAAGUCGUACUCGCAUUUUCGGUGAAGAACGUACAAGAUUUUAUGGAGCUGAAAUUAUAUCAGCUUUGGGUUAUCUUCACUCUCAGGGAAUUAUUUACAGAGAUCUUAAACUUGAAAAUUUGCUUCUCGACAAAGAGGGACACAUUAAAAUUGCUGAUUUUGGACUUUGCAAAGAGGACAUCACUUAUGGACGAACAACAAAGACGUUUUGUGGAACACCAGAAUAUUUAGCUCCCGAAGUGCUCGAAGAUAAUGAUUAUGGAAGAGCUGUUGAUUGGUGGGGAGUUGGAGUUGUUAUGUAUGAAAUGAUGUGUGGCAGGCUUCCAUUUUACAAUACUGAUCAUGAAAAAUUGUUCACACUUAUUUUAAUGGAGGACGUUAAAUUUCCAAGAAAUAUUUCUAACGAAGCAAAGGACAUGUUGAGUGGAUUAUUGAUUAAGGAUCCAAACAGAAGACUCGGCGGUGGGCCAAAUGACGCAAAAGAUAUAAUGGAACAUGCAUUUUUCUCAUCGAUAGAUUGGUCCGAUUUGGUGCAAAAGAAAAUUCCACCACCAUUUAAACCUCAAGUUGAUUCAGAUACGGACACACGUUAUUUUGAUAGAAUGUUCACUGGUGAAAGUGUUGAAUUAACGCCACCUGAUCAAAAUUGUCGAAGCAGUGGAAGUGGUUUAAAUUCCAUUGCCGAAGAACAAGAACAUUUUCCACAAUUUUCGUAUCAAGAAAGUCAUUCAGUUGCUGCUUCUUCCAUUGUUUCAAUCAAUCACUGACACAACAAUAAGCCAUUUGACUUCAAUUUUGUGGAAAGUGUCAGUAGAUGAAUAAUAACGUUUCGUUAUUAGUAAAGUGGCGAAUUUUUUUUCGCAAAAAAAAAAAAGAAAAGAAAUAAUGGGGGAAAUCAAGCACUACUUUAUAUUAUAAACGAAACGUUUCAAAAAUUUUCAACACAUUCUACAGAAAAAAAAAAACAAAACAAAAAAUGAUUUCUAUAAUAGAAUAUGAUUUUUAUUGUUUACAAACAAAAAAAAUCGCCUUUUCAUGCUUUUCGGUGCUUAUUGCGCUCUACUUUACAAGUGUCGUCUCCAAAAGUGUUGACAACUGGUAUACUCUUAAAAAAAAAAGUUUUUGGCUAUGAAAGCCUUUAACGAAAAGUACGUUCCAUUUCAUUUAUUUUGUUUUUUGUUCGAAUCCCCUUCGAAUUUAUUAAUUAUAAAGCAUUUUCUAUUCUUAAUUAAAAAAAAAAAAAUUUUCUCCUUAUUAAAUAAUUUUGUUUUUGUCUAAAAUUAGUGAAAAAAAAAAUCUUUGGGAAAUUUCUCAAAAGAUUUUUUUUUUUUUUUUUUAAAGAAAGUAGAUCUUUCUAAUAGUUAAUUGUAAUUUUUUUUUUGUUUUCUUUUUUUUAGUAUCAUACUUUAUUCUCUUGCUCAAAGGAUUCAUUAUUCAUUUUCAUCUGUGUUAUAUAUAGAAACCACCGUCGAAAGCAGCAGAAGUUCAUUAUUAUUAUUUUUUUUUUUUUUUGUAAUAAAGUUUUUAGAAAUAAUACUACAAUUGUAAAAUAAAUAUAUAAAUAUAUAUAUAUAUAUAUUUA